AGCUUCCACGUCAUUUUGAUUCACAUUCGCUUCUUGCGCAGUAGGGUUCACCAACGGCGAGUCACCAAUAUAGCAAACGGCACUCGCGACUCGCCACUCCAGGACGACCUGCUGAUGUCGCGCUCUUGACUACACCCUCCUAGAAGAGCAUCAACGGAAAAUCGCCGCGCCCUUGCCCGUCGGUACAAUACCCACAGGCUCACCACCUCGGCCCGAAUCCGACAACGUCAAGUCGACUGAUGCGAUCGUGCUGCUGCUCAGAGGCAAUCGUGAGCACCCCCUCCCUCCCUCAUCCGCGGGCCAGACCAGCAGCAAAACUCGACUUCGUUCGAUCGCCACACUCUCGACCCGUAGUGCACUCACCUCUCGAGCACUGAGCAUCCAGAACGACCCUUCCUCAAAAUGCGGCUCGCACAUGUGCUUGCCGCGCUCUCGCUGUGUCUGCUAGCUCUCUCCCCAUCCAAUAUGAUCAUCGCCGCAGUCAGCUCCAACCCGGAACGUAUUCGAAUGGAGAGCAUUCGUCGCUUGACACUCUACGCCGACGCUCUGACAAAAGGUAGAAGGAGCAAACCUAUUCCUCAGCUCAAGUGUCAAGGGGAAGCGUGCGAUUGGGCAAGACCUGACGUGGUCUUUUGCAAAUCCAUCGGUGGUGGGGAUUGGAAAUGCGAAGCGGAUUUGCCCACUUCUGUCAGAUUGGGCAGAGUGGAAGUGUCUUGCGAAGGAUGGGAGCACUCGGAAGAUCCUUUUGUUCUAAAGGACUCUUGUGCUCUCACUUACCGUCUCUUACCCGCAUACAGUGCCGGCUCGAAGCAUCAUACGACAAGUCAUGGACAAGACAAACCAUCGCUGCUAGACACGCUCUUCCCGUACCUAUUCUGGGGCGUGGUAAUCUACAUUGUGCUGCGCUUUGUGCAGAGCUUGAUGCAACCUACUGCUGGUGCUGGUGGACCACGUCGACUAGGCUGGCUGGGCGGAGGUGGACCGGGUUUUGGGGGUGGGCCCGGAGGCGGUGGUGGUGGGGAUGCUCCACCCCCUUACAAGCCGGAUCCUUCGGCAACCUCUUCUGCGGGCGGGGGAGCGCAAAAUGGUGCAGCAUGGAGGCCGGGCUUUUGGACCGGAUUAGGCUUGGGCGGAGUAGCCAAUGCGGCUUGGAACGCAUUCAAUGCACCUCCACGUCCAACAGCUACUUUCGAGGGGAGGUAUGCGGACCCGCGCAACGCGUGGGACGAGGAUAGGUUCGCAACGGGGUUUGGAGCGGGGUUUGGAAGAAGAGAGGAUGGGCGGAGAAGGGGAAAUUCGUCGACUAGGGAUCAACGAGCUAGCGGAUCGAGCGAGAGGUACACUUCGACGGGGUUCGGAGGCACUAGAAACAGGUAAACAGAGCGAGGUGCGAUAGGCAGCCGCAUCGAACCUUUGAUGCGCCGUGGAGAUCCCACAGUCACGACUGCGAGACCGAGUUCGCAGGCACUGAUCAAAUCGAAGAGUCAUGUCACAAGGGGACCCCAUCUGCCCUGGCGCAAACAACGACGAGGAUUUUCUCGGGAUUUGUGCGGCUCUUCAGCGUGACAUUGGCGCAAUGCGAUCAUACAGCGCCUGUAUGGACCUAGGGCGAGUGGUCUAGAUGAAUGACUGCGCAACGCACGACGAUGUCCGAUUCUUGAGAGCAAACAUGUGCGACUGAAAAGGGUCUUGUCAGUC